AUGCUGGGAGGCGCCAAGUAUUUUUCCACCUUGGAUCUUGAAGCAGGAUUCCAUCAAAUACGUAUGGCUAAGGAAGACCGAUGGAAGACGGCUUUCCGGUCCGUUCUCGGACUAUUCGAGUACCGCGUGAUGCCCUUCGGCCUUAAGGGUGCUCCUGCUACGUUCCAGGCCAAUAUUAAUGCCUACCUACAACUUUUAUUGGGCCAGGGCGUUAUUGCGUACCUAGACGAUGUACUUAUCUAUAGUUCUGAUCUCUCUGGGCACGUUUCUCUUCUGCGACAAGUCCUAAGCAUUUUUCUUCGACAUCAGUUCUACCCAAAAUUCCGCAAAUGUAAGUUUGCAAGGCAAACAAUUACUUACUUGGGUUAUACCGUUUCUCCUACGGGGAUCAAACCUGCAGAAGACAAAAUCGUAGGCAUCCGGCAUUGGCCAGAGGUGCUGGAGAACGAAACGCAAGUGCGCCAGUUCCUCGCUACCAUAAAUUACUGUCGCAUGUUCAUGGGAUCGGACUAUGCAGACGUUGCCCGGCCGCUGGUUGAUCUAACGCGUAAAGACGUCAGUUUCAAAUGGACAGAGCUUCACACGCAAGCGGUGCGGCAGCUCAAACAGCGCUUAAUCGACUUCACUACCUUACGAGUCCCUGACACGACGAAACCCUUCGAGUUAUACACAGAUGCCUCUGGUUAUGCAAUCGGAGCAGUUCUCGAACAAGACGAUAAACCCAUCGGCUUCUUCAGUCAAGUCAUCAACCCCACGCAACAGAGAUACUCGAUCUACGAUCAGGAACUCAUGACGCUGGUCACGUCGCUGGACAAGUGGUUGCACUUGCUCCGUGCCUCCAGGGUGACGGCUUUCACUGAUCAUCAAGCUCUCACCCAUCUCCAACGACUCCAAGCAUCGAAGCCUCUGCGCGGACGCACCGCCCGGUGGCUAGACUUCCUUGCAGAGUUCCCGGGUUUGCACAUCACGAACCCAACCCAGAGCCGGAACCUCCUACACUUACAACGAAGGCAUCCGCUGGUCCCCCUGACGGGCGCCAUUGGCCGCAAGCGUACUCGAAGUGUCCUGCUUUUCGAGUUCCCUACGAAGCCGCAGCAAGCCAACCAGGAGAAGCUCUGCAGAUCGAGUUCUGUCAUCGCCAAUCUACCUUUCGCUACGUAG